CUGGUGACGUUAAACACCUCUCCAAUCGUUGUUGAGAUCUGAUGUUCUGUGCAGCGCAAGACGAGAUCGUCAACCAAUCAUAUUUCUCAAAUCCUUUCGGGCUAUUAAUUCCAGCUAAACUUGGAGAGGACAGCACCUAACUACUUACAAAAAGCGUGCUUAUGAUGAAGAGCUACAAAAAAGAGGACCAAACCGGGAAUGUGGGGUAUGGGAAUCCCUACAUGGAGAAUGGCUUUAACAACCAUCAGGAGUUGGACGAUCUGGGGGGUCAGGAGAAGGGACAGUCGUUGCUCAAUGUACUUGCAGAAGCUUUGAGGGUCAGCCAUGUUGUCCCUCAAGAGAGACUUGAAGCUAAUUUGGAGGGGCCACGGGAAGAGAUGAUGUGCCAUGAGGCUCAGAAGAAGGACGAUACACACCCAGAGGUCUUGCUCCAGAGGUACUUUCAUCUUAUUGAAGCGUCUGUGGACAAACACUUCCCCAAACUGCCAGUAGGGAACACUGUGAAUCAGCUGGAGGGCUUCCUGAUAGAGAUGCAAAGAACUGUGCUAGUGGAGCUUCUGAGGUUGGCACCCCUGCUCAAAGAGGUUCAGUUGCUGAAGCAUUUGAUUGCUUGCUAUCAUCAGCGUAUGUUUGACUGUCUACAUCAGAUCCUACAGCAUGUCAACACAAAAAAAGAGGCCUUCACAGUUCUUGACUGGGUACUACACACAUACUUGAGUCAGGAGCUGCUAGGACACCCUGACCUCUGGGAUGAGGCUCUACAUGCAGUUGACCUUCUCCUUCUGACAGAAUGGAUCCCACAAGCUGAGAAGAAACUCCUGGCCACUGUGCAGGAGGACAUCUCUACAUCACUGAGGAGGAUCCUUCAGAAUGAGGAGUCAGGUAGAGAGGUGUGUGUCUCUGGAGACGAGGCCUUUAUCCAACUGCAUCUGGAUGUCAUUCAGUGCAUCAAUGCUGUGCUCCAGAAAGCAAAGAUGAUGAGCCAAACUCUGACGCUCAAGGUCCAAAUAGUCUGUUGGCAAGAGCUACAGGACUUUGUGGAAAGGUAUGUCAAUGUUGAAAAGAAGCACCUUCAGAAACAAGCAAGAAUGGGCACGUCAGGUACAAUGCACUUCUUCAAGACUUUCAACACCUGCAAUGAACUCAAGCUGUAUAUUUCAAGGAUUGCCAGAGAUGACACAAGUUUUGACUGUGUUAAACCCAUUUCAACACUUAAGGGGUUGGAAGCUCUUUCUUGGAAGCUUCUCCUGGAAAGACCAAUUAAACUUGCACAGAUUUCCUUGAAGAAGUAUUUCAAAAGAGAGGAUGAACAAAUGGAAAAUCUAAUAAAAGAAAUUGAAAAACAUUUCCAUUACCUUCCCAAAGACCAGGACACGCAAAAGACUGUGAUUAAUGAAGCCUAUCAGCGCAUCACCCUUCUGUACCUCCAACACCUGGUGCAGAGUAACCAUGGGAAGCUGGUGAAGAGAUGGGAUUAUGUGGGCAAAAGAGUGAUGCAUGAUGCUGAGCUCCUUCACUCCAUCUUCUCAUGCCUGAAUCCUGAUGUUAAACAGUGGAACAUCAUACUGAUUAAAGUGCGAGAAGUGCUAGAGUGCAGCGACAUUGAAAGUCUCAAGAUAAUAGUCAGUGAGAUACUGAGGGACUGCUCCAGUACAAGUGCUGCUGAGCACCUGCCAGCCCUGCUGCGCUGGAAGGGAGGCCUGUCAUGGAGACAGACCCGGGAGGUUCUGGAGGCAAGCCAGGAAGUGUACCCCAUUUACCUCUCCCAAACCAGGUCUGCACCCUGGUUUGGCUGCCUUCUUUGCUGCUGAGUGUGGGAACUGGGAAGUCUCAGGCGGAGGACAAUAAUGACCCCACUCUAAACAACAUGACCCUCAAGUUCUCAACCGACAACACAAUAUUUGGAGCUCUGUUUACAUGUCUUUGUCAACUUUUAAAAGGGACUCUAUGGCAAGUUAUUAUUUAAUGUCUUCAAGAGAAAUAAUAAUAAUACAUAUCUGAAAUUGGAAUUAAAACUGCCUAAAGUUUUUCAUUUUGAGGUCAAGUGGUUUUAAUCCUCAUCAGAAAUGCCUCAUGGAAAGACUUCAUGUGCAGUGAGUGUAGCACCAAUAGUGCCCUGUAGAUGGAGACAACGGCAGUAAGGCUAUCAGUCAUUGUGCUUCCCCUGAGAAGGGAAAUCCCCUUAGUCUUCUUGGCUUGUGAGAGUAGUACUUGAAUGUUGGAAAUUCCAAAAUGUACAGUAAUUCACAACACAUACAGUAAUCAGUAAGCCAAUUUUAAUGCGUUUUUGGAUGGCCACAUUAGAGGUAGGAUGGUAUUUAUCUGAUCUUUUUCAAUGGACAGUCCACCACUACAUGCUUCCUCAAUGGUAUCCCAGGGGAUAUUAUCAUCAAAGAAUGGUGUUUCCCUUAUAUCCUUAUCACAACCUAUAUCAAAACACUGACAUUAACCUGGAAGAAUUGGCAGCCUGACUCACUUGAAACACCUAUCCUGUUAACAACAAGGCUGUUAAUGUGGUUUCCUUCCUUCCAAAGUCAUAAGUAGCUUACUGGUAAAGUGAGCAUUUACCUGGAAAUGAUACACAAAAUAAAUCAUGGUCGGUUAGACAAGUGCUUA